AAUGGAGCUGCAGUGAGAAACCAAAAACGGGGAUGAGCGCCAUGUCUGAUCCUCCGCUUGUGGAAUAGAGCGGACACCAGGAGUGAGGACUUUCCGGCCCUCCUCUCCCGUCGUGCUUCGGUACGAAGCAUGGCCGACAGCGCUGGGAUUCAACAAGGUUCGCCGGCCGUCGGGGCCUCGGGCUCGGCCCCCGCCGCGCCCGGAGCCGGCGGCACGGAGAGCUCCGGCGCCGCUGGAGGAUCAUCGGCGCGGAUCGCCGUCAAGAAGGCGCAACUGCGCUCCUCGCCUCGCCCCAAGAAACUGGAAAAACUCGGGGUGUACUCAUCCUGCAAAGCUGAGGGAGCCUGUAAGUGCAACGGUUGGAAGAGCCAGAACCCUCCUCCUACACCACCACGAACUGACCAGCAGUCCAACACUGUCAACCUGGAGGAGCCUUGCCGGAGCUGCUCUCACACUCUGGGUGAUCACGUGACCCAUCUAGAAAAUGUUUCAGAGGAGGAAAUGAACCGUCUUCUUGGUAUUGUGCUGGAUGUGGAGUAUCUCUACACGUGUGUUCACAAAGAGGAGGAUGCUGACACUAAACAGGUCUACUUUUCCCUUUUCAAGCUGCUGAGGAAAUCCAUUCUACAAAUGGGCAAACCAAUGUUAGAAGCACAGGAGAGUCCUCCGUUUGAAAAACCCAGCAUCGAGCAGGGGGUGAACAAUUUUGUCCAGUACAAAUUCAGCCACCUGCCAUCCAAGGAACGCCAAACCAUCAUGGAACUGGCCAAAAUGUUUCUUAACCAGAUCAACUACUGGCAGCUGGAGACACCCUCCCAAAGACGCCAAAGAAUACCCAACGAUGACGUGGCGGGAUACAAGGCCAACUACACCAGAUGGCUCUGUUACUGUAACGUGCCUCAGUUCUGCGACAGCUUGCCCCGGUACGAGACCACGCAGAUCUUUGGAAGGACACUUUUGCGCUCGGUGUUCACAGUGAUGAGGAAACAGCUGCUGGAGCAGGCCAGACAGGAAAAGGACAAGCUGCCUCCUGAGAAAUGCACGCUCAUUCUCACUAAUUUCCCCAAGAUUCUGUCCAUGCUGGAGGAGGAGGUGUACAGCCACAGUUCUCCGAUCUGGAGCCAAGAUUUUUUGGCAGGAGCCUCAGGCGGGCAGAUACCCGUCCACACAGUUAUUAGUGCGCCCCCUGUGGCCAGACCUUUGUACUACAGCACCAGCCCCCGUGCCGGUGGACCCUCGAGCUGCGGCAGCGCCAGUCCUGCCAAAAAAACAGCUUCUGUACUGGAGCCAAGCCCAGUUGGUGGUGAGAAGCGGAAACCCUCAGAAGCCCUCCCACAUGAAGACAAGAAGCCCAGGGUGGUGGGUGACAUCCCCAUGGACCUCAUCAGUGAAGUGAUGGCAACAAUUACUGACCCCGCUGCUAUCCCUGAGACGAGUCUACUAUCAGCCCACUCAGCCCGCGAUGAAGCUGCCCGACUGGAGGAACGCAGGGGGGUGAUUGAGUUCCACGUCAUUGGUAACUCCCUAAAUCAGAAACCCAACAAGAGGAUCUUGAUGUGGCUCGUUGGUCUUCAGAAUGUGUUCUCCCACCAACUGCCACGCAUGCCAAAGGAGUAUAUCACACGCCUUGUCUUUGAUCCGAAGCACAAGACUCUGUCUCUUAUCAAGGAUGGCCGUGUGAUUGGAGGGAUCUGCUUCAGGAUGUUUCCAUCGCAGGGCUUCACAGAGAUUGUUUUUUGUGCCGUCACCUCCAAUGAACAGGUCAAGGGUUAUGGUACCCAUUUGAUGAACCAUCUCAAAGAAUACCACAUUAAGCACGAAAUCCUCAACUUCCUCACAUAUGCUGAUGAGUACGCCAUUGGGUACUUCAAGAAACAGGGUUUCUCAAAGGACAUCAAGGUUCCCAAAGCCAAAUAUGUUGGCUACAUCAAAGAUUAUGAGGGAGCCACUCUCAUGGGUUGUGAACUUAACCCCAGCAUUCCCUACACAGAGUUCUCAGUUAUCAUCAAGAAACAGAAGGAGAUCAUCAAGAAGCUGAUUGAAAGGAAACAAGCUCAGAUCAGAAAAGUCUACCCAGGACUUUCCUGUUUUAAGGAAGGUGUCCGGCAGAUUCCCAUUGAGAGCAUUCCUGGCAUACGUGAAACUGGCUGGAAGCCAAUGGGAAAAGGGAAGGAACUGAAGGAUCCAGAUCAGUUGUACAGCACACUGAAGACCAUCCUCCAACAUGUGAAGAGUCACCAGAAUGCCUGGCCUUUCAUGGAGCCUGUGAAGAAAACCGAGGCACCUGGUUACUACCAAGUCAUUCGAUUCCCCAUGGAUCUUAAGACGAUGAGUGAGCGUCUAAAAUGCAGGUACUACACAACACGCAAGCUGUUUAUGGCCGACAUGCAGCGCAUCUUCACUAACUGCCGUGAAUACAACCCCCCUGAGAGCGAGUACUACAAGUGUGCCAACUUACUGGAGAAAUUCUUCUACACCAAGAUUAAAGAAGCAGGACUCAUUGAAAAGUAGAAAAGAUGUCACCCUAGACAGAUGCGAUUGUCCUUGGACCACAAAUGUUACAAAACAGGACAACUGAAGUUGUCCUGAAGUUACAAGAAACAAUUCCGAAGUUGAAAGCAGGUCAGAAAAGAGCCUAGUUAGUGGAGUUUGAUGCAUGUUAUUCCAGAGUC